AACCGGCGAAGGUUUUAGAUAAAUUAUCUUGGACAUUAUUAGUUCUUUUCGCACGAAAAUGUCUUGGAGAAAUGAUAUUCGUGUAGUAGUUGGAUUAGAUUUUGGUACCACUUACUCGGGAUUCGCUUACUGUCAUGAAUCAGGUGCUGAAAAUAUUUGUACAAAUGACGAAUGGCCAGGAAAAUCCGGGAUUUUAAAGACGAAUACAGUACUUCAAUAUGACUCUGAGUUCAAAAAUGUUGUAGAGUGGGGGUAUCCAGCAUUAUCCAAACGAAAAAAUAAAAAUAAAGUGAGACCAGUUGAAUUAUUCAAAUUACAUUUGGGUAAUUUACAAGAAAAUCUUAAACCUAUACUUCCAGAUAAUCUUAAAUAUAUGAAGGCUAUCACCGAUUAUCUUUGUGAAAUCGGAAAGUUAGCCAAAGAAACAAUUAUGAAGUGGGACGGAAUUGACUUUACAGAAAAUGUACUUUUUGUUCUUACUGUCCCCGCAGAAUUUUCAGAAAAAGAUAAGACUAUAAUGAGAAAAUGCGCACAUAAGGCAAAACUCAUUAAAAGUAAAUCUUCAAAAAAUCUAGAAUUUACUACAGAACCUGAAGCUGCGGCACUUUAUUGUAUGAAUAAACUUCAGGAACAUGGUCUUUCUAUAGGGACUACUUUUAUGAUUGUUGAUUGUGGCGGAGGUACUGUAGAUUUAACUACUCGCAUGUUAAUUGAAAAUAAACAAUUGAGUGAAAUUACCGAACGUAUUGGAGAUUUCUGUGGAAGCACAUUUAUCGAUAGAGAAUUUAUUAAUUUUUUACGGGAAAAACUUGGAACUCGUGCUAUUGAUAAACUAAUAGAAAAUCAUUAUGGUCAAUACCAAUAUAUGAUUCAGGAAUUUUGUGAAUACGCAAAAAACCUUUUUACGGGAGAGAAGGGCUUUCUUUAUGAACUAGAUAUCGAAGAAAAUUCUUUAUCGCAAUAUUUAAGUGAAGAAACGAAAGAAAUCAUGAAAAAAAAUGAAUGGUUGAUAUGUAUCAAAUAUAAUGAUAUAAAAAAAAUGUUUGAUCCUAUUAUCGAUAGAAUUAUUCGUUUAAUAUAUGUACAACUUUCAAAUAAUCGAAAAACUUGUGAAGCAAUGUUUUUAGUUGGAGGAUUCAGUGAAAGCAAAUAUCUACAAAAAAAAAUUAGAGCCGAGUUUCGACAUAAAGUGAAAAUUAUUUCAGUCCCUGGUCAGCCCGAAGCAGCAAUUGUUCGUGGUGCAGCUAUAUACGGAUUAAGCCUAAUAAAUUCCUCUAAAACGGAUGAAAUGAAUAAUUUUGUAUUCGCAAUUCAUUCGCGUGUUUUGACAUUUACUUAUGGGAUAAAAGUUUUGGGUGAAUGGAAAAAAGACAUACAUCCGCCUCAUCGUAAAAUAUAUAAUAAUAAAAUUUAUCUUUUUGAUCCCUUUGUGAAAAGAGGUACAGAAGUAGAAGUUGGCAAAGAAUCUCCCCCAAAAUCCGGUUAUACUCCACUUAACCCAUCUCAAACAGGUUUAAAAUUUGAAUUAUAUAAAACUUCUAAGUAUGAAGUAAAAUAUUUUGAGGAGGAUGAGGAUGUAGAUAAUGAGGAUGAAAUUGAGGAGGAUAAAGAGAAUAAAAUGGAAUUAGUAGGAACACUUCGAAUUGAUCUUCCUGAUAUUCACUUAGCCUGUGAUAGGCGUGUUACCUUUGGGUUUUAUUUUGGUGACAUGGAAAUUACGGCAUUUGCAAGGAAUGAAGUCAAUGGACAAAAUUUCCAAACAAAGUUCGAAAUAGAAGAAUUUUAAGAAAUUUAAGAAUACACUUUUUUUAAUAUAUAUAUAUAUAUUCAUUUAUUUUUUUUUUUAAUAAUUAAUGUAUUUA